AUGUCUCACAGGAAACCUUCAUCAAAAUAUUCUCAACCUGAUACUUCACAAAAUAACUCACCUUCAUCAACCUUUUCUCAACUUAAUAGAUCACGAUAUAAUACAACAUCAGCUUCGUCAACAACUCCUCAACUUAAUACACUAAAAAAAUUCACAACUUUGUCAACAACUCAACUACGACCUCAGCUAACUACACUACAGAUCACAACAACUUCAUUGACACCUUCUCAUCUCAUUAUACGAAACAAUACACCUACAGUAUUUUCUCAAACUUCUAAUCAAACUUCUUCUCAAAUUUCUAGCGAAACAUUUUCUCAAUCUUUCAGUCGAACUCCUUCAUAA